GACACUGACAGUCCGUCCAGUAUUCACACCACCGUCUCGGCGGCUACGUCCGAAGGCUCGGCGGCCGGGACUUUUGCAACGCAGCCUCGUUUUGCGUUAGUCAACAAACGCCAUCCGUCGAGGCAGUUGGUGUGGCACUUGUGUCCGUAGAUUUCUUCAAUUACUCACCCUGGAAGACCGUUAAAGAUGAUGUUGUAUUUGUAUUAUUGCCAUUAGCUUGUGUCAGAUCAGCUAAAAUGAGCGAAAGUGACAUGUACGGGACGACUCUGUCCCAAGAAUCCAUAAAAGUGAUUGCGGAGACGAUCGGCGUUCCAAAUCUACCGGACGAAGCCGCUAAAGAACUAGCAGAAGAUGUAUCAUAUAGACUAAAAAUCAUUAUCCAGGAUGCUGCAAAAUUUAUGUUUCAUGCCAAAAGACAAAAGUUGAGUACAACAGAUAUUGACGCUGCCCUGAAAGCUAAAGGAGUUGAGCCUCUGUAUGGCUUCCACACAGCGGACCACAUACCUUUCCGAUUUGCAUCUGGUGGCGGCCGUGAACUUCAUUUUAUUGAAGAAAAAGAAUUGGAUCUGAAUGAGCUGAUCAACGGUCAAUUACCUAAACUUCCUCUGGAUGUAACUACAAGAGCGCACUGGCUAGCAAUUGAGGGAAUACAACCAACAAUUCCUGAAAAUCCUCCUCCUGUAUCAAAGGAUGUCCAGAAAUUGGAGAGUGUUGACCCAGCGUCCAAGCUUGCAGCGAAUGCCAAAGAUCCAUCAAAAUCAGCAGCUGCGAAAGUACAAAAACCACGGAACGUUGAAACGGUCCACAUAAAGCAGCUUGCAACUCAUGAGUUGUCUGUUGAACAACAACUUUAUUACAAAGAAAUCACUGAAGCUUGUGUUGGAUCUGAUGAAGCAAGAAGAACAGAAGCACUUCAAAGCUUGGCUGUUGACCCUGGAUUACAUGAAAUGCUACCAAGAAUGUGUACUUUCAUUGCUGAGGGAGUCAAAGUCAAUGUUGUUCAAAAUAAUUUGGCCUUUCUUAUUUAUUUAAUGAGAAUGGUAAAAGCUCUUCUGGACAACUCUACCCUCUUCCUUGAAAAAUACCUUCAUGAGUUGUUACCUUCAGUUGUAACAUGCAUUGUAAGCAAACAGCUUUGCCAGCGGCCUGACUCGGAUAACCAUUGGGCUCUGAGGGACUUUGCAAGCCGACUUCUUGCUCAAAUUUGCAGAAAUUUCAAUACGUCAACCAACAACAUUCAAACAAGAGUAACUCGAAUGUUUAGUACAGCUCUUCAGGAUGAAAAAGCACCACUUUCAUCCCUGUAUGGAGCAAUUGAAGGCUUAUCUGAAAUAGGAGCAGAAGUAGUGAAAGUCUUUGUCAUACCAAGAAUAAAACAUCUUGGUGAAAGAAUUGAGCCUGCACUUGACAGCCCAACUUUCAGUUCUGUAGACAGAAUUGCUGCAGGACACAUAAAGCAUCUUCUUUUGAAAAUACUGCCUCCCAUAAUAAAGUCCAUGAGAUCUGUACCAGACAUUAUGGAAGAAUACAAAGCAGAGUAUGGGUAUAUGGGAAUACCUCUCCAUUCAGCAGUUCUCAAGGUGAGGGCUACACCACAAAGUCCAGCCACAGGUUCUGGGAGUAGCUCCACAAACAGCACAAACAUUGCUGCAGCUGUGCCGUCUGGAGUUAUUACUGCGGCUGCAAGACCAGUAGGUCAACUAACAGGUGUCACUCCAACAGGAGUAAAUAGAUCAAUUGUGGUAGCGGGAACUAGUCCUUCAGGCGCAGCCAGACAGAUAGUUACUACUCCUACCAACUCACAACAGAAGUAUGUCAUUGUUACUUCACGCUCAAACCCUGUUACUCCGAAUCAAUCACCAGUAGUAAAACUGGGUUCUAACCAAAUUGUAAUGGUGGCCGGAGGAAACGCUACUGCAUCCCAGUCUACAGCCAUGGGGGUAAAGUCUGUUUUUGUGCAGCAGUCACAACCUACUACUAUCAAGAUUGAAUCAAGCCCAAGCAUUAAGGUUGAAGCUCCGGUAUCUCCAUCACAAAAUGUAUCUUCCCCAGGGGCUCUACCACAAGCCUUUACUGAUGAUGAUGUUUUGCCACUAGGUUAAGUAAUUUUUGAAGAAAAAAUAAGAAAAGCAAUUGUUGUUUAGAAUAAAUGUAUAUUGUGAGCGUUUGUAAAAAGUUUAGUCUAAUUUGUAUCUUUUGGUGUUUUUUAAUUACCAUUUUUAAAGUGAGAAAGUUAUAUUGUAGAUGGGAUCCUGUGUUAUGACAUUAUUGAUUAAAUUGAAAUCAGUUAAAUGA